UUUUGCUCCACGUACGUAUAUAUAAAUAGCCCGCAUGACACUCAUCAAGUUGGUCACAGCCCUAAAAGCCACGCUAUAUCAUUUCCCUCUCCAACCACAUCGGCAUAGCACUCAGGAAUGGCCAGAGAACGAAACGAACAAAUGGCAAUGCAAUCCUCCAUAGCUUUGCUGCAAGAGAGAUUCAGGCAACUUCAGAGAGCCAAGGAGAUGAGAGCUCAGAGAGAGCUCCAAAACACAACCUCCUCAAGCCCUAAAUCUCCCCAUCAUCAGAUUUUGCAGUGUAACGAUCAGCCGACAAGAUUCAGCUUCUUCCAGUUUCUCCCUUUAAAUCCACAGACGACCUCCCAAGUGGCGUCUCUUUCCCUCUGCCUCGACUCAGAAGCUGACAUUGAUGAGAAGUCAAGUUUUUGUCUUUGGCCGAAUCUCAAGGACAAGUCCUCGAGCGUGAGUUUUUGCGGCUCGGUCGAUGAUAACAUAGGUGGGUUUGAUCGGAACAACAACGUGGACACUUCUCUUCAUCUGUAAACAUAAUCAAGUCUCCCUUAGUUCACGUUAUAUGUAUGUACACGUUUGUUUUGAUCUUUUUCCCUAGAUGGUGGAUGUGUGUACGGGUGGAUGCUAUUAUAAUGAGAUGGCAUAUAAUGGUGGUAGUUAAGGUUCUUGUUGACCAUAUAUUCCUCGCCCGUUUGGACUUUGGAUACUUUUGAUCGAACAAGUUCAUGAUCCGUA